UCCAUGCAUGUGUGUCUGCGUUGUGCUACGGCGACGUCUGAAUUCGUUCUCGCCUCUCUGUGUGUGCUUCAGAAUCUGCUCUCAAACUGCGUCGCCAACGUGAUCGCAUCUAUCGUGUUCGGAAAGAGAUAUGAGCAUGCCGACCCUGCGUUCGUCCAACUCGUCAAAGAUAUCAACAUCAUCACCGUGGCCCUGCGCCCCGAAUCCGCGCUGCACACUUUCCCCUUCCUGCGCCAUCUACCGGCGAUGAAACGAAGUGUUCGUCAACUCGAGGAAGCUGUUCGAAGCGUCGCGAGCGAGAUACAGCGCAACGUUGCGAAGCACGAACGCCUGCACCAGGUGGCGUCGCAGUCGGCCCCCGCGGAUUUCAUCGACGCCUACCUGCAGAAGGCGGAACAGCAGACGUACCGUGGCUACACGGAUUCCACGUUCACCGAAUUGCAACUUCUCAGAACGGUGGCGGACCUGUUUUGGGCUGGAUAUGACACGGUGACAGCGACGCUACGCUGGGGUCUGCUCUUCAUGCUCAAAAACCCUGACGUCAUGCGGCGCGUGCACGCAGAGAUCGAUGACGUCAUCGGACGAGGGCGGCUACCCUGCAUGGCGGACCAGGACGAUAUGCCGUACACAGAGGCGACAAUAGCCGAGAUACAGAGAGUAGCUGACAUCGUGCCCCUAGUACCACACGAAGUGCUGCAAGACAUACUGCUAGGGG